AUGAAAUUCGGAGCUGCGGCCUUGUCUGGAGGGGUUUUGGGGGGACUCGGGACCCUAUGUCUCUUUGUAGCCUUCGCGACGGACUAUUGGUUAGUGGCAAGUGACAACUGCGAACGAACGGAGACGCAGAAGCCGACGCCGGAUGAAAAUGGUACAGUGAUCACAGAGGAGCCGCGCCGACCCGAGUCCCUGACCCUCCAUCACGAGGGGUUCUUCUGGCGCUGUGUGUUUCAGGUGCAGCUGACAGCGGAGCCACACCUCUCCACUCUCUACACAAACCAGCCUGUGUCUAAGUUGUGUGUCCAUGGUUACCUGUUCCCUCUGCCUGUGGCUCUUGGACCAGUGCCCCACCCCAUGUACGACACCACAGCAGUUUUCCGGGGGUUUUGGACGGUGCUGAUGGUCCUGGCGCUGCUCUGUGCUCUUAUUGGAGGAUUCCUCUUGGUUUGCGGCGUCCCGUUCUACAGCCACAAACUGUACCGAGGGGGCGGGACGCUCCUCAUCACUGCUGCCUGCUUGUUCCUGUCCGUGCUGCUGCUCUUCGUGAUGUGGGUGGAGCUGGUGGAUGUGCGGCGCUACAUCCUUCAGGAAAGUGGCGAGAUGUGUCCCGCGCCAGACGUGCAGAUCCACUACGGCCUGUCCUUCAUGGUGGCGGCUGCAGGAGUGCCUCUCGUGCUGCUAUCAGGGGUUAUCUUCAUGUGCAUCGCCCGAGCUCUGACUGGAGACAAGUUUUAA